AUGAGCUCCAACAGCAGCAGCAGCAGCAGAUGCCACAUCACACCACAUGCUCUCCCUCUCCCUCUUCCUCUCUCUCUCUGGUCUAUCAGCUGCUCCCUCCUUCGCCCAGCCCCGGCUCGUCACCGGCUGUCAGUUUAUUGGCGGCGGCGGAGCAACAACUGGCUCCUUUCUGCACUGGAGGAGCACAGAGGGGAAGGAGAGAGUGAAAGAAGGGGGAAAAAGUGGAGGAGGACGAGGAGAGAGGAGAAGAGAGGGAAACAAGGAGGAGAUCUUUUGUUAAGCAUCCCUCCCCUCAGCCCUCUCUGGCAGCAUCAUCAGCAUCAGCACCACUGCUGCCUCCUCCUCCACCACCAUCACUGCUGCUGCUCCCGCUGCUGGAUCCUCCGUCUCCUGCCAGGAUCUGCCUCCUCUUUCUCCUCAGGGAGCUCUUCCUGGAACUGGGAGGAGGAGGGGAGAUCACCACCUCCCAGCUUGCUAAGCUCGCCGCGGACCCUCGACAAGGCGUCAGGAGAAGAGGAGGAAAGAAGGAGGGGAGGGAAUUUUAGAAGAGGUGCACAGGGAGAGCGGAGGAAAAGGCAACACCCUGGGUUACAGGAGAGCAGUCCUGAGGAGAAGAAGAAAAGAGGGGCUGAGCAGGAAAUCUGGCCGUCAAUGACUUGGACGAAGUCUUCAGGAGACAGACCAGGUCCUGGCCUAGAGGCCAAAUAGGGGAUGAGGGCUACGCUAACAGUAUUCCACACUUAAUAACACCGGGGUAAGUGGCUCUGCUAUCAUGCUAUGUGCUGGCUCUCGUUUAAACAAGGGCCGCUAUGAAAUGUAUCCACAUCAGUGGCUCCAAGAUAGGGAGCUAAGCAAUCUAUUUAAAAAGCAAUCUAUUUCUCGCUGUCGUGGAGAUUGCACAGAUUGAAUGGGGGAGUCGGAUUCUCAGCGGACGGCCCUCUCGAUCCCACCCUCCACUCUCCUCCUCUCUCAUCUCACAGCAUGAAUGUCUAAAGUGUCCAAUUAAAAGAAAUAACCUAAAACAAAAUGAUGUGAACACAUUAACUUCAUGAACACACUCUGACCCGUUCACAGCUGUAAAAUCUUUCACCAGAGCAAUGAGCGUCAACAUGUGACACAAAUAAAUGAUACAUUAUAGCUCUGAGGCAACACACACACACACACACACACACACACACACACAUUAUCAUGAAGUUUAAAUUCUUGGCACAUAAAUGGAUACAUAAACUUAUACUUGCCGUCCUUUACCUUAAAAAAACAAACGUUUUUAUUAUUAA